AGAGACAGAUGUGCGCGCUACUCUGGAGUGGGAGAAGCGCAGUCCGUUCUGCUGUCAGUGUUGUGCGCCUCAACCCAACAAGUCCGCAUGCAUGGCAAAAUGCGCCUGUGCUGGGAUGCUGUGAAAUCUAAAGCUCUGCGCAUGGACGCAUUAUACCAGAGGGAAUAGAAAGGAUUCAUUCUGUGUUGGUCAUUUCCAGGUGGAACAUCUUCUGAUAUUCAUAUUCCAAUGUGGAAGAUGGAUAGGUUCGUGCAUGGCACUGAUCACUGAGACUGGACAUCAGAAGGACUGUUGAACUGACCUGAGGUUGAUUUUUGGAUCUUGGUUUGUGGAUGUAACCAGAAGCACAGAUAUUCCACCAGUUCGCUAAAGCUUUAUCAUGACCUCUCUAACUGGGAGUAAAGACAGAUCCGGCACGAGGAGUAGAAAACAUGGGAUGACAGAUUCCUCCCCGACCAAGUCAGCAUCAUUCUCUCCUGAAACCUGGUACCGAAAGGCUUAUGAAGAGUCCCGGGGUGGCAGCCGCCCCAUCCCAGAAGGUGCCGGGUCCAUGCCCGGGUCCUCCGGAACCCCUUCUCCCGGAUCAGGAAUAUCCUCCCCGGGGUCUUUUUCCGGCUCACCUGUUACCGUAUCUCCGGGAAUCAGCACCGGAUCGCCCGGUUCGUUAGGUGGAUCUCCAGGAUUCGGCACAGGAUCCCCCGCUUCGGGUAGCGGGAGCUCACCUGGUUCUGAACGAGGUAUCUGGUGUGAGAACUGCAACGCUCGGCUGGUGGAGCUAAAGAGACAGGCAUUUAAAUUACUCAUCCCCGGACCCCAUACUAGCAAGGAUCCCUCAUUCUCUUUGCUGAUCCACGAUAAGCUGCAGGUGCCCAACAGCACGCGCAAAGCCUGGAACGAGCGAGACGGCCGCUGCGAUGUCUGCUCCACCCACCUGAGUCAACUGAAACAGGAAGCCGUCCAUAUGGUCCUGAGCCUGGACCAGUGUGACGUGUCUCCCGGCUCUCCUCCAUCCCUGGCCUCCCUCGUCAGUUCUCGCAGCGUCCUCCAGGGCUCCAUGCCACCACGGGACUGGGCCUACUUGCCUCCGGGGUACCAUUCAUCAGCAUCCUCCGCUCCUGUAACUGUUCCAGCCUUCACCUCCAGUUCUACAACAACAACCACCAGCGCAAGUAACAGUGCCAGCCCGCACCAUCCGACCCAUCCCAAACACGGGUCCAAGCCCAACAGCCUGGGGGUGAGCAGCGGGGUGGAGAAGAAGAAUAACUCCCCCGGACACGGUGGAAAGUCGACAGCGUCGCAACAGCCCUAUCCACCCGGCAGCCCCAGCAACAGCAAUGGGACCGUGUUGAGCUCCACGGUGCUCCAAACUCACCAGUAUAUGGAGGGCACGUGGACGGCCGGGCAUCAGUCGAGAGCCAAUGGGGUCACGCUUUAUCCUUACCAGAUCUCUCAGAUGGUGUCGGAGGGCAACAGAGAGGGUUUAAAUGAGGCAGCGCUGAACCGAUACAAUGCCGACCGCCCGACAGCAUACAGCAGCCCGCCGGCUCCUGCCCCGGCCACCACAGCGCCCUCCAGUGGCACCUCUGCUGCUGCAUCCUUCUUUGCCAGGGCUGCCCAGAAAUUGAAUCUGUCAUCCAAGAAAAAGAAGCAGCGUCCCGCCCCUCCUGUGGCAUGUGAUCCGCCCCUCUUUCCCACCAACUUCAGCGGAAUCUUGCAGGUGUCUCCGCCCCCUGCUCCGCCCUGCCUCUUACGUGCGGUCAACAAAGUCAAAGACACUCCUGGCAUGGGCAAGGUGAAAGUGAUGGUACGCGUGUGUCCUUCAACGCCCACCAGCGCGGCAGAAUCCAGCUCUUUCCUGAAGGUUGAUUCGCGUAAGAAGCAAGUGACCAUCAUGGACCCAGCGGCCAACUCUCAGCCGAAUCAAUCCCAGAAACGCGGCACCUCCAAUCAGGUUCCUCCAAAGAUGUUCGCCUUUGAUGCUGCCUUCUCCCAUGAUGCCUCUCAGGCGGAGGUGUGUGCAGGAACCGUGGCUGAGGUCAUCCAGUCUGUGGUCAAUGGAGCAGACGGAUGCGUGUUUUGUUUUGGACACUCCAAACUAGGGAAAUCCUACACGAUGAUCGGCAAGGACGAGUCCAUGCAGAGUUUGGGGAUCAUUCCUUGUGCCAUUUCCUGGCUCUUUAAACUGAUCAACGAAUGCAAGGAAAAGACAGGCGCGCGGUUUUCCGUACGAGUGUCUGCAGUCGAGGUCUGGGGAAAAGAGGAAAACCUGAAGGACUUGUUGUCUGAGGUGGCAACAGGCAGUUUGCAGGAUGGUCAGUCUCCGGGGGUCUAUCUCUGCGAGGACCCCAUCUGCGGAAUGCAGUUGCAGAAUCAGAGCGAAUUGCGAGCUCCAACCGCAGAAAAAGCCGCUUUCUUCCUGGACGCUGCCAUUGCGGCCCGGUACAGCAGCAAGCCGGACUGCGAUGAAGAGGAGCAUCGUAACUCUCACAUGCUCUUCACGCUUCACAUCUACCAGUAUCGAAUGGAGAAGACCGGCAAGGGAGGAAUGUCUGGAGGCAGGAGUCGACUGCAUCUCAUUGAUCUGGGCAGUUGUGUGAAGGUUUUGAGCAAGACCCGAGACAGCACAACAGGACUGUGUCUCUCUCUAUCUGCCCUUGGGAACGUCAUACUGGCUUUAGUCAAUGGCAGCAAGCACAUCCCUUACAAAGAUAGUAAGCUGACCAUGCUAUUACGAGAGUCCCUGGGCAACAUGAAUUGUCGCACCACCAUGAUAGCUCACAUCUCCUUAUCUCCUAACAACUUCCCAGAGACCCUCUCCACCCUUCAGAUUGCCUCUCGGGUUCUUAGGCUGAAGAAAAAGAAGGCUAAAGUAAGCGUGCAAUACACAUCCAGCUCCUCUGGUGGCGAAAGCUCAUGCGAAGAAGGAAGAAUGCGCCGUCCAACGCAGUUAAGAACCAUUCAUUCCCGAAAUGUUGUUGAUUCAGAGAUGCCCCUGCUUCACCUCUCCAGUGACCCAGAUGACUAUUCCAGCAGCGAGCAGUCUUGUGACACAGUUAUCUACGUGGGUCCAAAUGGCUCAGCCCUCUCAGACAAAGAGCUAACAGACAACGAAGGUCCUCCCGAGUUUGUUCCUAUCAUCCCAUCCCUGCAUACAAAUAUACCAGAUCCCAUUACGGCUCCUUUGGAGUCACAACCGUCUCAACAACAGGCUGUAGCCCAAAUUGCUCAGGCCUCACAACACAUUCAUCCUCAGCCGCUUCCGCCUGUGCCGGAAGAGGGACCAGAGUCGGGUAAAAAGGAGAAAGAUUGUCUUAAGUGCAACACUUUUGCAGAGCUUCAAGAAAGGCUUGACUGCAUCGACGGACGAGAAGAAGUUACCGAAUUCCCGUUCGAAGAAGCCCCUGACAACAAAGCUGCCAAAUUUGAGCCUGGCCAAGACGUCAAGGAAAGCCAGCUAUCCAGUUCUCCCAAAAGGAUCUCUAAUGACCAGCAGCUGGAGGAAAUCCGUGAGGUGGUUGAAGAAGCAGAGAUUGCUCAUUCGAUUAUUGAAAGCUUGGCACAAUGUUCAACAGGCAGUUGUGGACUCUCCACCAGCAGAAGUGUGACGGGUAGUAGUGGUGUCGGGCAACUCACACCUCUUCAGAGGGCCAAAAGCUCCAGCUUACACGACAGCAGAGAAUCCAUCAGUGGUGGGAGCAGCAGUGAGGGGAAGACUCGUCCUAUGGGCUCUCCCAGGUUAGGCAUUGCCAGUCUUACUAAAACCGCAGAAUACAAAUCGCCGUCGUCUCCCUCUCAGCGCUGCAAAGUGUACACCCAGAAAGGAGUAAUGCCUAGCACACCUCCUCACUCCUCCCAAAAUCUUUAUAAGGACUCUAGAAAGUCAUCCAUGGAAUCUUUGCUUAACCCUGAAUCUAGAACCUCUCCAGUGGGAAUGAGUCCACAGGUCCUAAGAAGAUCUUCAUCCUGCAAUAGCAUCGGAUCAGCCGAGACACUGUGUGAUGAUGUUCCCCAGCUCCCUAUGGACAGAAAAGAUUUGAAGAACAACGCAGCCACAGUUACAUUACAACAGCCGUUGGAGCCAAAUGGAGAAGAUGAGUUGGUGUUCACCUUGGUGGAAAAACGGACAAUUAAUGGGGCGAUGGAAAAUGGACGACCUACCAGUAUUAUCAGCUUUAACAGUGACUGUUCAGUACAAGCUGUAGCCUCAUGUUCAAGGCCUGUUAGUAUCAUCAGCAGCAUGAGUGAAGACCUGGAGCAUUACACCACUGCUCCCUGCACCACCACUGCUACCAUUUCAGAAGUCAACAUGGCUAAAUUCCUGCCUCUCAACAAGAACGAGGGCGAAGUGCAGGCUAGCCGACGCUCUUCAAUAAGCUCGUGGCUGAGUGAAAUGAGCGCUGGAAGUGAUGGUGACCAGUCGUCUUAUAGUUUAGUUUCCCAGCAGUGCUUUGGACAAGGUGAGGCACUAGCUGAAGACAGGCUUUUGAAAAUUCAAGAGGAAGUGGAAUUUGAAGGUGUCCCUGAGCCAAACGGGCAAAGGAACUCUGAGAAAGAUUUCAAUAAAACUGACAACGUGAAUGAUAAAAACACACCUACUAACCACAAACCAGACAAGACAUUCUCAGCUUCAAGUGGUUAUGUUCCUUUUAAAACCAACGUUACAACUCAACCUUGCGCUGCUGUUAAGCCCAUGCUAGUGCAGGACAUGCAAGCCAAAUCUCCACCUAUUUUCUUAUCAAGUGAGCUAAAUUUUGAUGACCCUUGGAUGAAAAGGGAGGGUGAUGAAGAAACCAAGCCUAAGGAGAUUGAGGCAAAAUCUGAGAAACAAACACCUGAAUCUGUAAAAAGAAAAUGCAUCCUCGACAAGAACAGUAAUGAAGCAGUAUACUCGCCUGAUUCCAUGAAUCGAGUGGUGGAUGGCUGCGAGGUGAUGUUCAACGCAUCUGAAAGCAUUACUCAAGUGUACUCUGCAGACAUCUUUAGGACGGGCAGUCUCCCUCGUGCAUGGCAUCGGGUGAAUAAGCAGGAUGAUCUGGAAGACUCAACAUACCGUUACACAAGUGGAGAGUAUAAAAGCCUUGGGGUGACUACCUCCACGCCCUGCAGUCCCAGAGCCACACUAGAAAGAAAAAGUUCAGCAGGGAGACCGGGUUUCUUCUCCCGUCAGAAAGGAAUCCCCCCAUUGCCACCAAUAAGGAAAUCUAGCCUUGACCAGAGGAACAGAGCAAGUCCUCAACAUAACCCAGGAAACACUCACACACUUCUUGGCAGCACACCUGAAGACUUGGGUGGUAAACACAAAACACCAAAUGUAGAGAGCAGUAGAUUGUUUAGUGCAAAACUUGAACAGUUAGCAAACAGAACCAAUUCCUUAGGCAGGUCCCAUGGGGCGCAUUAUGACUGCUAUUCCCUGGAGAGGGCUGAGAGUUUGACCUCUCUGGGCUCCAAAGGAGGAGUCAUGAAAGACAGCACAAUGCCAAGAACAGGUAGAAGCAUCAACCGUGGUUUAAUCUCAUCACCCACCAAUGGACCAAAUGGCAACAACAACGCGCCGCAGUCACCCAAAGCAAGUCAAUCCAAAAUCUCUGCCGUUAGCAAACUCCUCAUGGCAAGUCCCAAAGGUCGAAGCUUAUCAACAUCUAGCACCAAGACUCUAAGUUUCUCCACAAAGUCUCUCCCGCAGUCAGUGAACAGAAGCUCGAGUUUGCCACCCAACGGAAAGAACCAAAACCCAAAUUCUUGGUCAACACAGUCCCUGAGUCGCAGUAGGGGGACAGGGUUAGCGUCAAAGCUACCUUUAAGGGCAGUGAAUGGACGAAUCUCUGAACUUUUACAGAGUAGUGCCAUCUCACGUGCUUCCCAAGGACGAGGGGCUUCUGACUCUGAAGACAAAGGAGCAGCAGCACAAGGAGAUGAAAGGCCGGUGGUGCAAACUUUGCCUUCUCCCUACAGUAAGAUUACUGCCCCUAGAAGGCCUCACCGGUGCAGUAGCGGGCACGCCAGUGACAAUAGUAGUGUACUGAGCGGAGAGCUUCCUCCAGCCAUGGGAAAGACCGCCUUGUUUUACCACAGCGGAGGCAGUAGUGGCUAUGAGAGCAUGAUACGGGACAGCGAGGCCACUGGAAGCACGUCAUCCGCUCAGGACUCAAUGAGUGAGAACAGCAGUUCCAUCAGUGGUCGCAGGAGCCUAAAGAACUCAAAGAAAAGAAGUAAUACUGGGACUCAGAGGCGACGGCUGAUUCCCAACCUCACCUUGGACACCUCGUCCCCUGUGAGAAAGCCUAUCAUCAGUCCAGGGGUCCGCUGGGUGGACGGGCCCCUCCGGCCUGCUCAGAGGGGUCUAACCGAACCCUUCGAGAUCAAGGUUUAUGAGAUUGAUGAUGUCGAGCGUCUACAGAGAAGGCGAACCGCGGGCAAUAAAGAAGUGCUGUACUUCAGUGCCAAACUGAAAAUCCUGGAGCAUCGGCAGCAGAGGAUCUCAGAGGUCAGGGCCAAAUACGACUGGCUGAAGAAAGAGCUAGAGCAGACCAAACAGCAUCUGAUGCUGGAGCCGGAGAAAUGGACCACUGAAUUUGACCUUCAGCAGACGUUUGAAGUGGACUCUCUGGAGUACUUGGAGGCUCUGGAGUUCGUCACGGAACGUCUGGAGAACCGGGUCAACUUCUGCAAAGCUCAUCUCAUGAUGAUCACAUGCUUUGACAUCACCUGUCGGCGACGGUAAAGGAUUCGCCACACAGCGUUGAGGACAAUGGGAAGUCGGAUGGAUCAACCGGUUGUACGUGGGUGUGUAUGAGAGCAAGUGCGUCUCGUUCAAUGAUGGAGGAAACAAAAAGGCU